GACCUGGCCAGACGACCAGUUCCGACAACAAACACUACGGGCGGGACUGUCACGUCGGGUGGCUGGUGUUGUAGGAUCUGGUAUUUUGAUCCCCACGAGUGGGUCGCAUGGCGUACAGCACUACAUGGACAUCGUGACUUACGGACGGCUUUGGAAUUGAGCCCAGGUGAGCUGAACAGCAGGCGGAACUGAGCUCCUGUCUGUGACAUGCACUCCCUGCACCCCAGCGACGCCACCGGCCCCCAGGACAGGGAGAAUGGCACAUCCCGUCUCCAUGGAGACCACCAGGUGUCCUGUAAGAACGAACAGGGUAGCAUGGCAAGAUGUCUGGAGAGGAGACCGCACUUCAGGGUCGUGGAGGAGAGACAGGUCUCGCCUCGGACCACCAUCCGCGUUCGCACCGGCUGCAUCGACAAUCACCUGGACGGUUCCAGCUCCGACAGCGAGGAGCACCACUCUGACUGCGGCGACAACCUCAACGGGGAUGUCGCGCUGCAGACCCGUCGGCAUAGCGACACCAGCGGCGUACGCAUCAUCUCGUCGGAUAAGCGUAUGCGCCGGUUGGUCAGGCGGUUCAGAAAAAGCGGGCAGGACAUAAAGAAGCCGGUUUACACAAAGUUGCGGACUUUCGAAACCUACUCAGACGGACGCUUUGGGGAGAAUGUUGCAGAGGACACGUGUGACGGCUGUAGGAGAGAGAGAAGAAGCUACCCGAGUGUCGUUCAUCAGAAGCUGUGGAGACAAUGGACUGAUGGAAAACAGUUUGUUCUACCGAAGUCUUACAGGGGAAGGAAGGUGUCAGCAGGGUUAGCAGAACUUUCCAGGCUGUUUCCAGUAUUAAAGGAUGUCCAUCUACCCUCUCCGGACAGCCCACCCAGCCCAGUUAUCUGCCUCAGAUUGUUGCCAUGGCAGCGGCAGACCCACCCCGCCUGUUGUUGGUGCUACGGCUGCAUGUCCCUCAGUCAGGCAGAGAGAGGCAGCCGGUACCUGGGAGCCCUGCCGUGCCCACAGUUCGAGGAGAGGUACCCGACUCUGUGGGAGGCCAUGUACAACCUGGGGUGGAAGGCAACACUUCCUCACUACUGCUUGCCAGAAGGCCUCCAGGAGGAUGACCACCUGUCCAGCAGGCUGGACCAGUUCCAGAACGUUCUCCACUUCCCGGAGGAGGCAGCCCUGAUCCUGACACAGACAGAGCUGCAACUGUUCGCAUCAGUCCCACCAGGGCAGUACCUACAGCACCUCUGCACCAACCUCAACAGGGAGGGGGCUCCAGAAGGACAGGAUGGGGCUUCUUGUCAAGACUUGAUCGCACAUUUCUACCAGGUGACUAGCUGGGUGACCACCCUGCUGUUGAGUGGUAAGACCCCGGAGGAACAGCGUGCCACCCUGUCCUAUCUGGUGUGUGUAGCUGUGACCUGCUGGAACAUCGGCAACUACAACGCUGUGGUGGAGAUUCUCACAGGCAUCAGAUGUGAGCAGCUGAAGCCCCUGCUGGACGGCCUGCCUAAGUCAGACCUACUGCCCCUGCGGAUGUUGGAGGUGGCGCGCUGUUCCUCCACGGUCCGCCGGCGCCUGGCGGCGCAGCCCGACUGCAGGGUCCUGCCGUUCUUCGCAGCCUUCCUGCAGGAUCUGCAGGCGGAACUGAUGGAGGGCUGCAGCCUAGUCGUCCUGCAGAAACACUGCAGCAGUGACAGGCUGGUCAUCUGUGACUACCUUGGACAGGACCAUUUUCUCAGGCGGGUGGGGGCAGACGGCUUGAUGGACUUACCCAAGACAUCAGCAGUGCAGAACAUUCUACAGAGCAUAGAAAGGUGUCAGGACAGGAACCCACUAACUGACUUACCGACGCUAGCACGACAAGACAUUAGACUCCGGCUGGGAGCUGGGGAGGAGUUUGUGCUGAGGGAGGAGGAUGGCCCGUCCAAGGGUACCCCGGGGGUGGUGCUCCUGUCCCCCACCCAGGGGAGGCUGGACUUCCCCACCCUCCAGUUCAUGCACAACGGGGCCACCAUUGUGACCUUCACGGACGACCCCUCCAAGUCACAUGUCAGCUUCCUCUCACUACUGAGGUGCAAUAGUAAGAUAGUGUGGACCAAGCGUGGGAACAGUGAGGGGCCAAACCUACAUUCCAUUUACGUGUUCGCUGCACACUCGUACGACAGCGCAGAUGAAGGCUUCCUGGACUUGUUUUGCAUAAAGGACGUGGUGAUGGGAAGGAAAUUUGCAGACCUCGGCAGUAUUAUGAAGCGGCACUCCCUGUCUAACGUCACACAUGAGCAGAACUGCAUCUCUGUCAUGUAUGGGACAUCACUAGCAGAAAACAGGUGGAAGCAUUUCAUUGCCCCCGCCAGUGUGGCAGCCAUCUGGUUCUCUGGUCUGAAGAAGCUGGUGCAGAUAGCUGGACAGCAGAGGAAGCAGGUCGACCAGAGACUCCACUGGUUACAGAGGCAGUACCUCAGUGUCUACUACGAGGACGAAAAGUGCAAGGGUCCAACACCGGCUGAUGCCAUUGCCCUGUUUGGAGGGAGACAGUGGAACGUUGGGACGCCCGGGAUUCCGGUGGUGAAGUCGCGGGAGAAGUCCCCGUAUAACACCACGAGGGAAGGCUCGCCAUUCCGACGGACCUCCAGCCUCAAUCUCAGCCGUCACCGAGCACGAUCACCUAAGCGCAAAGUGCAUCUUACGACGAUCAAGGACCACAGCGAGCAGAGUCCUGUGCGGACAGAGGUGUACAAUGGAAACGCCACCCCUGUGGGGACUGGGUCCACCCGGCUGGACACCGGGGAGUCCCCCUCCCCCUCCCACAGCCCCCGACAACUCUCCAAGAGCUGGUACGGAAGGGAGAAGCUGAAAAAGAAGGACUCCUCCUCCUCUGACAGUCUAAAGUACCUCCACGCCACCCACCUGAGUUAUGUGGAGUUUGUGGAACUCUUCAAGUCCUUCAGCAUCAGACUGAGAAAGGAUCUCAAGGAGGUGUUUGACAAGUAUGCGGUGCCCUGUAAGGGUCGAGAGCUGCGGAGACUGGCCUAUCACAUGGGCUGUGUCACGGCAGGCAAGGAGACAGGGGACAGGGGGCCAUGUAGCAUCACCAGAAACACCAGCCAGAGUAAGUCUGACAGCCGUAUGAAGCCCAUCGUGGACGCCAUCGCGGCGGGCAGCGUCAUCGCCAACAGCGCCAGCGUGGAGAGCUCGCUGGACAUGGCGAUCGGGGUCGGCGAACUCAACGACUUCCUGGUGAACGAACAGGGACAGUACCUGACGUACCAGGAGGUCGGGAGAAUCAUACAGAGACACGAGCCAAGUGCACCGCUGAGGAAGGAGGGCUGCUUGUCGUUUGAAGGGUUUGCCAGGUUUCUGAUGGACGAGACCAACAAUGCUUUCUGCAGAAGUACAAUCAGAGAAGAGGACAUGGACCAGCCCCUUUCUCACUACUACAUCGCUAGUUCACACAACAGCUACCUUACAGGCCACCAGCUCAGAGGAGAGUCUUCUGUGGAGCUCUAUAGAGAGGUGUUGCUGACAGGUUGCCGGUGUGUGGAGCUGGACUGUUGGGACGGGGAGGACGGGAACCCCAUCAUCUACCACGGCCACACCCUCACCACCAAGAUACCCUUCAGGGACGUGGUGGAGGCCAUCAGCGACAGCGCCUUCCUGGCCUCCGACUACCCCGUCAUCCUGUCCAUCGAGAACCACUGCUGUCUGCAGCAGCAAGUCAAGAUGGCGCACUGCUUCACGAGUAUACUGGGAGAGAAGCUGGUGACGAGGUUCCUGUUUGAGUCAGAUGCGGUGGACGAUCCUUCUCUACCCUCCCCCAACCAGCUGAAGGGGAGAAUCCUGCUCAAGAACAAAACCCUCCACCCCUACCGCAUCCCUGUGGACCUACUCAGACAAAAGGCACAUCUGUUAGCCAGCCAACAGCAGACCUUCAGCAUCAGCACCGAGCAGGUUGCCAUGGAUACAGGCUGUGUGUCAGAAGAUGAGCUGGAUGAGGAGGAAGAGGAGGAGGAGGACAGUGACAUGCCCUAUGCCGAGGAGGUCUCACAGCUGCGGACGAAAAGCGACCCGAGCAGUCGUGACAGCUCACGGCGGCACACGUUCCUGGUGGACAACCAGCCCAUCGUGGUCCCGAAGGAGGAGAAAGAAACCAGCCAGGUGGCCCCGGAGCUGUCUGAUCUGGUGCCGUACCUCCAGGCUGUCAAGUUCAGGGGGUUUCCUUCAGAGCAGUCCAGCCUGAAGAGAGAGCGCGCCUCCACGCGCAAGUCCGGUAGUGUUUCCCACGACGCGCGGAAGUCCAGCCUCCCCCGCGAGCUGGACCGGCGUCCGUCCGGGGAGCGUGACUCGGCACAGCUCAACAUCAGCUCCAUCAUGAGGACCCCCAAGUGCUACCACAUCUCCUCCAUCAAUGAGAACACGGGGAAGGCACAAGUCAGGAAACACCCCAGCAAGCUCAUCACAUAUCCUUUUUCAAAACUAAACAUUACACGUCAUCCUCUGCUAUAUCCCUUGACCUUGCCCACUCAUACCGAGAAGCAGCUGCUCAGAACCUAUCCUGCAGGGACCCGUUUCGACUCGUCUAACCCCAACCCCAUGCCCUUCUGGCUGCACGGACUUCAACUAGUGGCCCUCAACUACCAGACAGAUGAUGUCCCCAUGCACCUGAACUAUGCGAUGUUCCAGCAGAACGGAGGGUGUGGCUUUGUCCUGAAGCCCCGUGUCAUGUGGGACCCCGCCCACCCGUCCUACCGGCGCUUCUGCCCCAUGGAUAAGGAUAGGUGUGGCAUGCAGCCGCUCGGCCUGGAAAUCACGGUGCUGUCAGGUCAGUAUGUGUGUCCCUCCAGCCUCCAGGGCAGCCCCGUGGUGGAGGUAGAAGUCAUCGGUAUCCCGGCCGACUGUGUCAAACACAGGACCAAGACUGUCCACAGGAACGCUGUCAACCCUCUCUGGGCAGAGACCUUAAAAUUCCAGGUGACCUUCCCAGAGUUGACCUUUGUGAGGUUCACUGUCACUGAUGUUAUGUCAUCAUCAUCAUCACCAGGGGCCCAGAGGAUCAUUCCAUUCACGAGCCUUGCAAGGGGUUACCGUCACGUUUGGCUGCACUCCCCCCAGGACCGCCCCCUAGAGCUGAGCACCCUGUUUAUAAAAACUGAUGUCAGCUUUCCAGAUGGGUGUGAGGAUCAACAAGGGGGACAGGUGUGUGUUUAUGGAGCUGUGCCUUCAGAGCCGUUCAGUGUCUUUCAUGUGGACAGGGAGAGCACAGCAUAUGACAUUGUCAAACAGGCUUUACAGAGAGCCAGUCGACCCCCUGCCGACAUCCAAAAUGUUGUCCUCGAGGAGACAGUCAUUAAACCAGAGGGGAGGCAAAUACCAAGCAGGAAGUAGCAGGGCAACAGAGUAAAGGUAACGGCGCCACCCAGCAGGUGCAGAGAGUACUGCACAUGGAGGAGCGGCUACUGGCAUGUCAGGACAAGUGGGCAGGUGUGGGGAGAUUCAGCAUGAUACAGAGGAAACAGG